GGACGCCAUCGCUCGCAGUGAUUUUUGUGAAGUUAACUGGCUUUCUUUUAUUUGGGCAUUCUUCCGUCGAACACUGCUGAGGUUAAUUCAACUUUUGAUCAUGGGGGCCAAUGCAAGUACAGCAAAUACCCCAUCCCAACCUACAGCAGUCCCUACUUCCACUGGUUUUGCCCAAGACAGUGGAUCCCAGGCGACAUGUCCUGUAGACCACAAAACUCGCGCUGCAUGGCUUUCACAACAUCAAACCUCCAAUCUUAGUCCAACGAGCCCAACCGACCCAGCUCCGAAACUUACAGGCACCACAAAACUGUCGAAACAACUGAGACCAUUAUCUCAGGAGCGGGAAGUAAGCAGCAUCCCCCGAGCAGUGCCAGAUACGCCCACAGCUGCUACAUCUUCCACCUCCGCCCGCCCGCCUCCCUCACCAUAUGCAUCCCCAUCCUCAACGACAGCUUCGCACAUCAGCCCUUCAAACGACGAAGCCGAAACCGGUCAUGACACCCGCACGGGCAACUGGAUUUAUCCAUCAGAGCGCCAAUUCUUCGAGGCCCUCCUUCGCAAAAAUACACCCACAUCUGCCACCUCUGCGACCGAUCUAGCCACCUCCGUAGCCUCCAUCAUCCCCAUCCACAACGCCGUGAACGAGCGUGCAUGGUCUGAAAUCCUAGAAUGGGAGUCUUCUGCACCGACGUCUGAUCCUGGUAGCCGAAAAUGUGGAGGUCCUAAGCUGUAUUCGUUCCGAGGAUUGGGAGUCGAGAGCCAGUUUCUAAGCCCAAGGGCCAGGAUUAAUGGCUGGUUAGGAUAUCAACGGCCGUUCGAUAGACACGACUGGGUUGUGGAAAGGUGCGGGGGGACUAGAAUUGAAUAUGUGAUUGAUUUUUACCAGGGGAGAUCUGGCGGGGCAGGUUUGGGGCCUGCUGCGAAUAAUGCGAAAUUAAAUUUUUAUCUUGACGUACGGCCAAAGCUAAAUUCCUGGGAAGGGUGUAGGAUGAGGGCCACUCGUCUGAUCGGAUUGGGCUGGUGAUAUCUGUAUUGCUUUUGAGUUUUUUAUUAACAGGGGCAUGCAGGUGGGUGGUAGAUAUGUCGUUCUUCCAACUCUCUAAAGAUAUAUGUGUAUAUAACAAUUGUAAAAUAUUAGAUAGCGUAUGUACGAUAGUAGCUUUGACAAUGAAAGCUAGUCAGCUCGCCUGAAGAAACGCCAAAAGAAAUAUCCGAACCCUCAAAACAAUGGAAUAAAAAGAACA